AGAAACGUCAGCAUCGCCGCCAUGUUGGAGGGGGCAAACUCCCAAAAAGAGCUAAUGGACGUCAAUAAUUGAUACCAGAGAUUUCUGCAGGACUCUUACUUAAAUCCCAUUUCCUCCUGCUCCCGUAGACACUCUGCAUUUCUUAUUCUCUCUAUUGAUAAUAUGCAGCAUUGCAUUUGGACUUUAAUAAUAAAAAACACCUCUGAGUGGCUAAAGUUACUUGAUCUAUUUAUUUAGAGUACAUAUCACUGCUUUGCUGGCAGUCAACAAUAAUUAGGCUAUUAACUGUCAAAAUAUUAAAUGCACAUCUAUUCAUUCAUCCAUCUUCAGAAACAGUUUUAAUCUGGUCAAGGGUCACGGUGGAACCGGAGCCUAUCCCAGGAACACUGGGUGCGGGAAUACACACCGGAUGGGACAACAGUCCAUCACAGGGCACCAAACACCAAAUUAUUCACACGGGGGGCAAUUUAGCAUAACUGAUCCACCUACUUGCAAGUUUUAGAGAGGUGGGAAACUGGAGAACCCAGAGAAACCUGAGCUCACAAUCAAACCGAGGACUGUGGAGCUAUAAGGUGAUAAUGCCACCUCUGCCAUAUUAGCUUUAGUUAAUAUUAUGUCCCUUGAACAAUUUAUUUUGAAAUGUAUUUAUGUCUGUAUCAAACCACACUUUUUGAACUCAAAUUGAAUUUAAAAUGAGUUGCAGCCGAUUUCAAAUGGGGCAGAUUUCACUCGACUUACAAUCGAAAAAAGGACCUUUCCAAUAUGGCGGACGCGUUGCCGUACGCCCGUACCUAGCAACAAUGGCGCCACCGCGUCCUGCACAAUUCCCGCGCAACUUUGACACAGAGAAUGACUCCUGCCUGUUUGUUUCCGGCGCCGGCGACUGUCGCACCUACCUGAGUUGGAGCUUUAUAAUUGUCCUGAACAAGCGAAUGAUUUGUCACUUUCAGCUGUUUAAACCAGAGCUGGACGCUUUCCUGGAGUAAACAGUUUAUAAGAGUUAUUAUCAGCUGUCGAGUGGAGUGAUAGCGAGGAUGAGUGCGGACGGAGGGAAGCCGGUGAAGGUGGGCUCUCUGGUGGAGGUGAUCGGUAAAGGGCAGCGCGGCACCGUGGCGUACGUCGGCGCGACGCUCUUCGCCUCAGGGAAAUGGGUCGGAGUCAUCCUGGACGAGCCAAAGGGCAAAAAUGAUGGCACUGUGCAGGGCAAGUCCUACUUCACCUGCAAGGAGAAUCAUGGGAUAUUCGUCCGCCAGUCCCAGAUCCAGCCGAUCGAAGACGGAGGAAGCUCGGCUACUUCACCAGACACACCCGAGUCAGGCAUCGCCAAAGUGCCUCGGAAAGAAACACCUGGAAAAGGAACCAGACAGCCCAGCCGUCCCUCCAGCGCUGGCUCGGAUCUCUCGGGAUCAGUCUUGCUGGAGAACGAACCUGCCACUCCUUCCCAGAGUGCAUUGGGGGCUCCCAUGAUGCCACAGCCCAGCAGGACCACUAGUGAGGCCCCCAGCGGCCCUGCUCCCUCUAUCUCCAGCAAAGAGGAGGAGGCUCUGCGUGCUCAGGUGAAGGAUCUCGAGGAGAAGCUGGAGACUCUCCGUAUAAAGCGGACAGAGGACAAAGCCAAGCUGAAGGAACUCGAGAAGCACAAGAUCCAGCUGGAGCAGCUGCAGGAGUGGAAGAGCAAAAUGCAGGAGCAGCAGAACGAACUGCAAAAACAACUCAAAGAGGCCAAGAAGGAAGCGCGUGAGGCUCAGGAAGCUAAAGACCGCUACAUGGAAGAGAUGGCAGACACGGCAGACGCUAUCGAGAUGGCCACUCUGGAUAAAGAAAUGGCAGAGGAAAGGGUGGAGUCUCUGCAGCAAGAGGUGGAGAGUCUGAAGGAGAAAGUGGAGGAGUUGACCAUGGACCUGGAGAUCCUUAAACACGAGAUUGAAGAGAAAGGUUCAGACGGUGCAGCCUCGAGUUAUCAGGUGAAACAGCUGGAGGAACAGAACGCACGACUGAAAGAGGCACUGGUCAGGAUGCGUGACCUGUCAUCAUCUGAGAAGCAGGAGCACGUGAAGCUGCAGAAGCAUAUGGAGAAGAAGAACUCUGAGCUCGAGACUCUGAGAGUGCAGAAGGAGAAAAUGCAAGAGGAGAUGAAGCAGGCCGAGGCCACCAUCGACGAGCUGAAAGAGCAGGUGGAUGCUGCGCUGGGAGCAGAAGAGAUGGUUGAAACUCUGACCGAGAGAAAUCUGGAUCUGGAGGAGAAAGUGAGAGAGCUGAGAGAGACCGUCACCGAUUUGGAAGCGAUAAACGAGAUGAACGAUGAGCUGCAGGAGAACGCGCGAGAGACAGAGCUGGAACUGCGCGAGCAGCUGGACCUGGCAGGAGCUCGAGUCCGAGAGGCCAACAAGAGAGUGGAAGCGGCUCAGGAGACUGUGGCCGAUUAUCAACAGACCAUCAGCAAAUACCGGGAGCUCACCACUCACCUACAGGAAGUGAACCGAGAGCUGACCAAUCAGCAGAGCGCCACAGCCGAGCAGCUCCAGCAGCCUCCUGCCGAGCUUUUCGACUUCAAGAUCAAAUUCGCGGAGACCAAAGCUUACGCCAAGGCCAUUGAGAUGGAGCUGCGUAAGAUGGAGGUGCAGCAGGCCAACAGGCAAGUGUCACUGCUCACGUCGUUCAUGCCCGACUCCUUCCUGAGGCACGGAGGAGAUCACGACUGCAUCCUGGUGCUACUACUCAUCCCCAGACUCAUCUGUAAGGCGGAGUUGAUCAGUAAACAAGCCCAGGAGAAGUUUGAUCUAAACGAGAACGUUACAGAGCGCAGUGGGCUGCGUGGAUCCGCGGGGGAGCAGCUGAGCUUUGCUUCAGGACUUGUGUAUUCCCUCACAAUGCUACAGGCCACCCUGCGCAAAUACGAGCAGGCACUAAACCAGUGCAGUGUGGAUGUGUUUAAGCGGAUGGGGACGCUGCACUCUGAGAUGAGCGUACACGAGCGUUCUCUUGACUUCCUCAUUGAGCUGCUGCAUAAAGAUCAACUAGAUGAGACGGUGCAAGUGGAGCCUCUCACCAAGGCCAUCAAAUUCUACCAGCAACUGUACAGCAUCCACCUGGCUGACCAGACUGAAGACUGCACCGUGCAGCUGGCAGACCACAUCAAGUUUAUACAGAGUGCCCUGGACUGUAUGGGGGCAGAGCUGGGGCGCCUGCGUUCCUUCCUGCAACCUGGGCAGGAAGGGGUGGAGCUUACGUUGCUGCUGAAGGACCUGGACACUUCCUGUGGAGACAUUCGUCAGUUCUGUAAGAAAAUCCGCAGGAGGAUGCCUGGGACUGAUGCUCCUGGGAUACCUGCCGCACUCUCUUACCCUCCUCAGGUGGGUGAGGCGCUGGUGGAAAGCAGGAAGCAGCUGAGUUGUGUAGUCGCAGUGCUCCAGGAGACCGCAGCAGCAGGAGCUCAACUCAUCGCUACCCUGUCGGAGCAGGAGGGGCUCGGCGCGCCCACACUCGAGGAUGGAGUCUUUAAAGCGGUGGAGCGGAUUUACGGUUCUCUUGAUCAAAACCCACGUGAGUGCCUGCGCCAGUCAUGCAGCGCUGUCAUAGCAACCAUGAACAAGAUGGCCACCGCCAUGCAAGAGGGAGAGUAUGAUUCUGAGAAACCGCAACAUGUGCCUCCCCCUGUGGAGGUGCGUUCUGCUGCUCUGAGAGCUGAGAUCACCGAUGCAGAAGGACUCGGCCUCAAACUGGAGGACAGAGAGACGGUCAUCAAGGAACUUAAGAAGUCCCUCAAGAUCAAGGGGGAGGAGUUAAGUGAGGCGAACGUGCGUCUGAGUUUGCUGGAGAAGAAGUUGGACACGUCUACUAAAGACGCAGAUGAACGAGUGGAGAAGAUCCAGACCAAACUGGACGAGACAAACACGCUGCUGAAGAAAAAGGAGAAGGAGUUUGAGGAGACCAUGGAUGCACUGCAGGCUGAUAUUGACCAGCUGGAGGCAGAGAAAGCAGAGCUUAAACAGAGACUCAACAGCCAAUCACGCAUGACUAUCGAAGGGCUGCGUGGAACACCAGCAUCCGGCAUCGCGUCUAUCGUCACAGGAGGCGCUACAGGAGGUGUGGUCUCUGGUAUAGCGAAUGUAUCAGGUACUGUGCAGGUGGUGGAUUCACCUCUUCUGAAGCAGCAAAUGGAUGUUCAGAGGUUCGCAAUCAAACACCUGAAGAACGAAAACUACAGACUCAAGGCAGAGAAGAUGAAGGCGCAGCUUGCGUCCCUUCCUCCUCUAAGCGUGCCCAACAUGGCCGGUGCGAUGAAGGACGGCUCACUGAGCGACGGCGUUUCCGGGACGCUGUACCGGAAAACGGACCUCCUGCUGAGCAACCUGCUUAAGAUGAGCGCCGGCGUGAAAGUCGUGGACAUCACAGGAAAAACACCCGUAAGUGCCAGCGCUCAGCUGCUAGAGCAAACGGCUAGACUGCAGUCUCUGAGUGACGCUCUAGACAAACUAAAGAACGAAGUAUCCGAGCACGUCGUAAACCAACAGCUGGGAGCUCGAGUUCGCACCGAUUUUGCCACGUUCCCGUCAUCGACCUUCAUCAAGGCGGAGGGGGAGAAGAGGUGUGGCACCGUACUGGUAGGUAAAGUGAUGAUCCCGUGUGCUCGCGGUAAAGAACAAGCCCACUCUCUCUUCCUGUCACGGCACCAGCUUCAGCGUGUGCACCACCUCCUCAUGACCUAAAACACUUCAUUUCAUUGGACCACCUCAAUCAGGAAAAGACUCCUCCACCACCAAUCAGAGACACCCUUUCACAGCACUUCCUGUUUUCUCUCAGGAACUUCAAUCCAGGCUUUCAGAUUUCUUUUCCAAACCAAAGAGAAUCACCUCUGUUCAGUAGCUUCAGGUUAUUCAAGGUCAAAGGACAUUCAGGCUCUUCUUGUAGAAACUUGUUUUUGUACUUGAUCAUUAUAAUUUUGGAGAAAAAAAAAUCUCACACUGAAGGAUUUGUACCUCCAAAAUUAAAUGGGUGGGAAAAAAAAAAUCUGAAUGUUUAAAACACUACCACUAAAAAUGAUUGCUCCUGCUCCUGAUGACUUUGCCGUUUAGGACGUCAUUCUCUUGAAUAUGAAGUGUUUAGAGAAUCUUAUGCAAUUUUUAAGGUGCGUAGCAGAUGGAACAGUACGGUUUAAAUUUUAGCAAAAAAAAAAAAAAAAGUUAAAGCUAUAUCGGGGAAAAAAAUAGAUCGUAGUUCCUUCGUGUUUGUAAUUCUGAAAGCUAGUUCCAUGAAAACAAAGUAUUUACAGAUUUAUGCAAAAAAAUUUUGUCUGUGUUGGAAGCGGUUAUUCUAAAUAUCACUCCUUUUAUAAAAGCUUGCUCACUUUAGAAUAGUAUUAACAAGGGAUGCACAAUUUUUUUCUUUUUCUUAUUUGAUAUGAUCUUAAUAUCCGAGUUGAGUGCUAUUCAGAUACUGUUUUCCCCCACUUUUAAUUAUUACAAACAGACUGCUUGCUGUUAUUCUAUUUCAGCUCAUUAAAUAAAUAACUAAACUGAAAAAGAAAAAAAUGCUGCCGUUUAUCUAAGGCCGAUACUCUGGAGCAUAACGGUGCAUCCCUUGUGUUCGUGCACAUUAACGUUCCCCUUUGGAUACAUUAAACACCUAGUUAAAAUGACGACGACGAUGAUGAUUAAAUAGUAAAUAAUCCGUUCGUUCGCAUUUCUCUUUAACACACGGAAAGGACCAAAUCGAUACCAGGCACACAUCUCUGCGUUUUCAAAAUCCCCGCUCAUGAUUUAUAACAAGCAGGAAAUCUGCCUGUGUAAGAAUCUGCCAAAUCAUUACGGGUUGUAAUGAAUCCCGCUCUCCCACUUUAACAUGCGCUAAAAUGUUCUUGGCAUUAUUAUUGUUAUAUUUAAGUGUCUUUUGCUGGUAUAGAAAGAAACGUGUUCACACCCUUUGACUAAUAUUGCAUCAUUUCAUUUCUGGCUAACCUCAAUCCAUGUAAUGCGAUAGAUAUUUAAUGAUUUUUGCAUUGAAUAAAAGUGAAAAAGAAAAAGAAUUUCUCAAGUAUUUCCAUUGAUAUCCGAUGCAGAAAUAUAGGAAAUUCUUUUAUAAAAGGGUUCACGAACUUUCAAGCACCACUGUGAAUUCAUUCUACAAAAUCAUUCAGGUGUUAA